UGCGCAUGCGCGACAUCUGUAAUGUUUACAACUGAUUGUAGCUGCAAGGUGUUGUCCUGCCACGGCCUCAGAUGCUGCCUGCUGUCCUCCGCUGUGCCCAGCCUUUCUCUUCUACCCCUGCCUUAAGCCGGCCUCUGGCCCACUUCAGACCACACAUGGACCCAGACCCAAGCCGGCCUGUUAAGAGAGCAAUCAGAGCCAAACUGACCAACAUGCGCCGGACCACCUAGAGGUACACAAUGAAAGCCACAUGCGCGCUGUGCCCCCUGGCUCUGAAUCCCCCUUCCAUGUCUUGGUUGUCAGUUCCCUGUUUGAGGGUCUACCAUCAAGUGCCACCGUCUGGUAAAUGAAGCUCUGAAGGAGGAGUGUGCUCAUGUACUCGCCAUCCAGGCGAAGACACCUGAGCAGUGGGGGAGUAACCCCAUCCUGGCUUAGAGCCCACCCUGCAUGGGAGGCUCAAGGGGAGAUCACACAGUGGAGAAGAAGCCGAAAGGCAAUAAGGGCUCAUACAGGAGGGGAGGUACUUCUGGGAAGAGGUAGUUUCUCUCCCUCCCUCUGCUGUAAACUGCGCAGUAGAAGUACAGUCGUUUGGAUUCAGCUCUUAGUCUGACAGAAACUAACAGGAGCAGACAGGAUGUCGGUGACCAUGACCAAGGCCGAUGGGGUCACUGUGCUCACUUUGACCUCUGACCCCCAAAGUGCUGUCCCUCCAAUUUGCCAAAUCCUGAAAAGCCUUUGCUACAGCCCCGUGUGCUGCUCUGUGUCUCAGCACCUGAAGAAAAUCCAGGGAGCUUCUCAGUCAGCACUGGGGGCACUGCAAAUCAUGAUUGGUUUGCUGAACAUUGGCCUCGGAGCGAUCCUCACUAGCAGCGGUGCUGGCUCUUGGUGGCAAAUGGAUUCCUCUUUGUUUCCAUUUUGGAUUGGAGGACUGUUCAUAUUCUUCGGUGCCAUGAGCAUUUUGUCCGAGAAGUGUCCAAGUCCAUGUCUGGUCAUCCUCAAUGUGAUUCUGAGUGUGUCAGGAGUUGCUUUUGCCAUCGCAGCCAUCGUACUCUACAGCAUCAACAUUGCACACAUAUAUAUGUGGUGGGAGUGUGAACAAAGUUAUUACGAUGGUGGCUAUGAUUAUGAUGAUUUUGGUAACCGUCACCGUCGCACUACACCACCUCCAUCUUCUGAGCAGAUACGCAUGAAGGAGAAAUGCCUGGAGGCCCAAAACCUGGCGCUGAUGCUUCUGAGGAGCAUCAAUGCUGUGCUGAUUGUCCUGUCAGUCAUGGCGCUCUGCAUCACCCUCAGCUCUGCUAUCUUGGGGAUCAAGGCUUUGAGACGCAGGGAGAAGGGAGAGAACAAGAGCAAUGGUGACCCAGAACUCUACAAACCACUGCUGGAGGAGGUGACCAGUAACCCUGCAGCAUAAAUCAAAAUCUCCGCUUUGCACUAUCAGUCACCAGGAGCUGUUCUCCUCGGCAUAUUCUGUAUGCAUUUAAACAACUGACUGUAUUUACUGCUGGGUCUAUGAAUUACUCCAUUCCAGUUGGUAUGAUCGCUUUUCAAAUUUGAGCUCUUUUUCUUAAAGUGGCUUAAGAAUCAUUUGCACUUAUACUUCAGAGCACUUUUCUAAUAAUACACAAUAAUCAUAUGAUGCUUUACAUUCUGAUCUGUUCUAUGGUGUCUCUGUUCAGUAUGCUUUUCUAUCGAGUGUUGUGAUUAUAGGUCAAUAUUUUUGUAGCUAAAGGGAAGUCAAUGCAUGAUUUAGGGACGCAGGCUGCUUGACUAAUUUGGAUAAUUUUUUUUUACAACAUUUAGCAAUGUUAAAAAAAAUAAUAAAGUGGUUGAAAGCAA